AUGCCGGGAGGCGACGGGGGUGAAGCGGAUCAGGAUGGGGUGGUCCGCCGAGAGACGCGCAAGGGUCUGGUGACCUUUGAAGAUGUGGCUGUGUAUUUCACAGAAAGCCAGGGUGCCCUGCUGGACCCAGACCAAAGGAUUUUGUAUAAAGAUGUCAUGAUGGAGAAUUAUGGGAACGUGGCCUCAUUGGGGUUUCCAUUUGCCAAGCCUGAUCUCAUCUGUCUGCUAGAAGGAGGGGAAGAGCCGUGGAUUCAGGAUGAACAGGGCUUGGAUGAAAUUGAGAAUUCCGCAGCCAACUCAGGUGAGUGUUGGAAAAUGGGCCUGUCUGACGUGCGAGGGACACACCUUACUCAGAAACCGAACCUUGACGAACACAAGUGGCUCCAUGGCCGUGAGAAGGCUUACACGUGCUUGCAAUGUGGGGAAUGUUUUCCUUGGAAAUCAAAUCUCGCGAGGCACCAAACAGUCCAUACAGGGGAUAAGCCUUAUAGAUGCUUGGAAUGCAGAAGGCAUUGUGGUCAGAAAUCCCAUUUCCUGAACCACCAGGAAGUCCAUACUGGGGAGAAGGCGCACAAAUGCUUGGAUUGCGGGAAAGGCUUUGUUCAGAAAUCGCAUCUCGAGAACCACCGGCGAGCACACGAAGGAGAGAAACUGUUCACAUGCUUGGUGUGUGGGAAGGGUUUCGCUCGGAAAUCAAAUCUCACGACACACCUGAGAGUCCAUACAGGGGAGAAACUGUACGAAUGCUUGGAGUGCGGAAGGGGUUUCUCUGCGAAAUCCAGUUUCGUAGACCACCAGAGAGUCCACACAGGACAGAAACCGUACGCCUGCGCCGAGUGUGGGAAAUGCUUUGCCUACAGAUCACUGCUUGCGACGCACCAGAGGGUCCACACAGGAGAGAAACCCUAUCAGUGUACGGAGUGUGGGAAACGUUUUUCCGAUUCCUCUUCCUUUGCGAGGCACCGGCAAGUCCACACAGGAGCGAAACCCCAUAAAUGCGCAGAGUGCGGGAAAUGUUUCGCUCGGAAAUCAAAGCUCGCAGAGCACGCGAGAGUCCACACGGGAGAGAAACGGUAUAAAUGCACAGAGUGCGGGAAGCGUUUUUCUUUGAAAUCCACUCUCGCGGACCACCAGAAAGUCCACACGGGGGAGAAACCACACGAAUGCUUGGAGUGUGGGAAAUGUUUCGCCGCUUCCACGACCUUCGUGAGACAUCGUAGAAUCCAUACGGGACAGAAACCGUACGAGUGCUUGGAGUGCGGAAUGCGCUUCGCCCGGAACUCCAAUCUCGCGAUACACCAGAAUGUCCAUACAGGAAACAAACCAUACGAAUGUUUGGUUUGUGGGAAGUGUUUUGCUCAGAAAUCACAUCUCACGAGGCACGAGAGAGUCCACACGGGAGAGAAGCCGUAUAAAUGCUCGGAGUGUGGGAAGUGCUAUGCUCAAAAAUCUCAUCUCGCGGUACACCAGCGAGUCCACGCAGUAGAGGUUCCUUAUAAAUGCCUGGAUUGUGGGCAGUGUUUUGCCAACCCUGAAGGCUUUGCAAAACACCAGAGGGAGCACACACUGGCCUCAGGACAGGUUGGGACCAGCUGGUACAUCGCGGUUCAAAUUGAGUAA